AAGAAAUACCCCUUCCCAAAGCGCGGUGCCUGGCACCUGUUCCUGCGGCCCUGGCGCUGCGGACAGGCGCUAAGCCCCGGCGGGGCUGUCCCGGCCGUGCUCCCGUGUCCCAGGACGCGGCUCCCGGUGCCGCCGGAGGGAGGCAGGCAGGGAGGGGCCGGCGGGCCGGAGGAGGAGUCCCGCCCGCUGCACUUAAGCGCCGUGACCGGCACUGCCCCGCGGCUGGGCGGGCCAUGGAGGUGGCGCGGGACUGCGUGGGAUCGCUGCUGCGAUCGUUCAUAUCCAUGGGAGCAUCUGUAGGAGCAGUAACAAGACAGACCCUGUUCCCUCCUCUCAUGCCUGCAGGGCGCCCUUUCCGUGUGUCCAAUGCCUCCCGAAGCAGCCGGAAGGGAAUUGUUGCAAGCAGCCUGCAGGAGCUCCUCAGCAAGACUUUAGAUGCCUUUGUUAUAACUGCUGGAAUUGUUACUCUGGUUUUGGAGGAAGAUGGCACAGUUGUGGACACAGAAGAGUUCUUCAGGUCCCUGGAUGAUAAUACACACUUCAUGGUUCUAGAAAAAGGACAGAAAUGGACACCAACAAAAAAUGGAGUUGUCGCUGUGAGAAAAAAGAAGAAAAUGGGAGUAGCUAACAUCACAUUUGAUCUGUACAAACUGAACCCUAAGGAUUUUAUUGGCUGCUUAAACAUCAGGGCAACCUUCUAUGAGAUCUACUCGAUCUCAUAUGACAUCAAAUGCAUGGGAGCAAAAAGCAUGUUGCGGAAAGUGCUUCAGCUAAUAUCCCAUGCAGCACAAAUAACUGGACAGUUUCUUCUCUAUACUGGAACGUAUAUGUUGCAGUUGAUGGGUGAAUAUGAUGAAGAUGACAUGUGCACGAGAUCAAGCCGGGAGUAGUGACCACAGCUGCACUUCUGAUGUCUGUGAAACUGGCAUUGAAGUGAAGUGUACUUGUUUAUUCCUGCUGACAGUGGAACUACACAGUGCAACUGCAAUCCUAGUUCAGUGACUGACUCUUCUCAUGAAGUCUAAUUGGAGAUUGUGCAACUACUAAGCAGAAGAUAAGGAUUUAGCCUUACUUCCCUUAAAACAAAUAAAAACUUUUCAUUGUAGUCCUUCAUAUUUUUCUUCAAAUCUUCAGGAUGUUCAGGUUAUUACAGCUCGUACAGUUGAAGAAUCUGAUAUAUUUUUUAAAUUAAUCUGAUGUCCAGUUCUGCCUGAGCAUUGAAUAAUCUGCCAUGGUUUAAUGAAUAUGGAUUAUAGCAUACCUGCUGAAGCUUUUUUCAGAUGUUAAACCACCACUUCUGUAGUUUGUGUUGUUACAAGAUGACACUAGGUCUCAAGUUGGGCUUGAGGUGCACGUAAGAGAUGCUGGAUAUUUUGUUGCCCUUGGGUUCAGGGCAGAGCAGCAGGACACAAUCUAGUUUUGCGUAACAUAUAUGUAUGCUUUAAAGUGAAUAUUUGCAGUGUUAUAGGCUCCCAAGACAAGCUGUAUUAAAGGACAAAGAAACGUUUCCUGCAGUUUACUGAACUGUUGCUAUGCCCAGCUUUCAGCAAGCUUUUCCUCAACAGUGUGAAAAAUUGGAAAUCAAGUAGCCUUAGGCAUCUCGUGUCAAAAUGCAAACUCACGUUGGUGAAGGAAAAAAAGCCCAACUUUGGUUGUUCACAGGUGUGGCUUUUGAGUAUGUUUGCUUGCACGUGAAGAAUUUUAGGAAGGCUGAAAGCUCUCAAGGUGACACCAGAUGCAGGAGAUAUGUCUGUCCUGACAGUAGGUGCCACCUUGUAAGAGAAGCUCUGGUGCAGAGAGAACGAGUGGGGCAGGGCAGGAAAUCAGUGGCAGUGAAAGGGAAAAGACCACCACAGACCCUAGGGUACUUGCCAUGCCACUGAGACAGGAAUCCUUUAACUGUAUGCACCAACUGCAUUGACCAGUUGGAGGAAAACCUGAACUGCUAAAAGAGAAGCAGGAACGUGGAAAAGAUGAAGUAUCAUGGUUGGUGGGAUCUAUUCUGACCUCUUAGUGGGGUCUGUUCACUUCAAAGGCCACUCAUAUGUGGGAAUAUUGCUCUUGCUUUUAUCUGCAAAUCUCACCCUCGUGCUUAUUUUUGUCUUCCCAUUACAAGUGUGGCUGUGCCAGCAGGAGCUGCAUCCUUCAGAUCACCAUUGAGAGGAAAAGCAGCCUAACCCCAAGUGUUAAAAGUACUGAAGGACACAAAUUUUGUUAGGUCUCUGCCCGUCUCUUCAGUUAUGGUAUUACAAAUAAAUAGACAGCUAAGAAAAACCCUGAUGUCUUUUCCUAGUUACUCUUGUUUCCCGUCUACUUCUGAGUGUUUGCUGGAGGAGGCAAAGGGCAUACUGCUCCAGAUAAGGGGAGGACUUGUUCUUAAUUUCUCCCAGGGAAGAAGGCCUGAAGCUAGCAACACUGUCAGGUGUCUUUCAGAAGAAAACAAUAAACUAUUCUGGGAGUAACGAGAAAGCUUCCAUUUUGAUAAAACCCCUUUAUAUUUUAUCUGUAUUUUUCUUGACACCCCCUACAUAAAUGAUUGUUGCCAUGUUAAUUGUUGGCCAAAGUCUUUCUAUCCCUGUCAAGGAAUUGCAUUUAACUAACUUUACAAGGACAUGAUAAUUAACUUUUUCAGCUUUUAAGGAUCACUUAUUCUACUAAAACAAGCAUAUCUCUUGAAAGCAAAUUCUCUUAAAUGCUUCUAAGAAUAUUUAUGUUGGCUAUUGUGGGAACACCAGCAUUUUAAAAAAAAGUAAGACAACCUGAAGAGCUCAUUGUUGCUUUGAGUUGCUUCUGCGACAUCUGUAGUACAAAAGCUUUUGCAUGUCUGAACCGUGCAGAUCCCAAGUUCCAGCCUACUCUAGCCAGAGGCAAUUGCUGCAGGACUAACACUCCACAGUUUACAGUGGCCCUAUCUGGGAAUGCAGCAGUGAUCUGAAAAGCUAGAUUGCUGUGAAUGUGCAAUGUUUUUAAGCAGCUGCUGCUUCAACAGCUUAACACUUAAAACUUGAGCUGCUGAAGGUCCUGUGUGCAGCAGUCUCCAUCUUGGAGCAAUUCCCUCUGUUCAGCUGUUUGCAUUUUGAAUUAAAGUAGCUCAUCUUUGAUAUUUUCUCAAAAUGCGAGAAGUGUCCUGGAAGUUGCGUCUAAAAUUGUUUCAUUUCUUCUGAAUCUGGGUCCUUCACGGGCUUACUAUUUGGAGUUGAUAUUUACUACUAUACCAACUUCUUUCUGGAAGUAAAUUUUGGCUUUGGGUCAAACUGGAGGAGCUUGUCAUUCUCUGAGUUGGAACCAGUUUGAUUAUUUUUAAAAUUUUAUUUACAGACUGCUUAGGAAGCAUAGCUUUUACUUCAGCUGUAUAGGAUAUGCAGCAAAGAAAAACUUUAGCAUUAUCUGCCUUUCAGGAAACUAUAUACAAGUGCUGUACAAGACCUAGUAACAUAUAGAAAAACUAAAAGCACAGGCUUUUAACUGCAGGUAUGUGGGGAAGCAGCUAGAUUUUUCUACUGGGCCUUUCUAGCUUUAGGUUUAAUUCCCAAAAACUCAGUUAACCUGCACUUGUUACUGUUGCAGACAAGGCUGGGAGCAAUGACAGGCAGAAGGUGUGAAACGCUUGCUGCCUCUUUGCCUGCACCAACCCUUUUUGCCUGUUGCUUUGCCUCACUUACUAACAAUGCACCAAGUCAUACUCUCUGGUUACCAAAAAAGGAAUUUUCACUGAAGUAACAGACCUUGUUGACUCAGGCACUGCUCAUGUUCUGCAGACAGAGCAAAGUUGCUUUCUUCAUGACCAGAAUGAAGAAUCUAAUAGCUUUGUGUGUGUGCAGUUUAUCAUUACUUCAUUUCCUUCCUUUCAUAAACCUGUGAAUGUUUUCUUGCACCUUCCGAUUCUUUCAGAAGAAAUAGGAUUACAAGCCCUUCUAUCCAGGGAGACAGGAAAAAGCAGGGUCUAAAUUCCUUAGAUAAUUUGAAAUAUGCUGUAGGAAACACCACGAAUCCCUUCCCUACAGAGGAGGGAAAGAUAAAAGCAGGGAAGUUGGACUUUGAGCUGGAAUUUUUUCAGUGAAGAGUGCAGAGAGGUAGGUGUUCACAAUUUUGGAAAUGUUGGUAAUUCUGAAUUUUAACUGUGAAGGUAACCUCAUAUGAUAAUUUGUAACUGGCAGUUGUAUAAUUCUAAAUAAUUUCAGUGUGCUUCUUCCCUGAAAUAACACUUGAACUAAAGGCACAAGCUUCUUAAUUAAAUUUUUUAAAAAGUUUAAAACCAAAGUACCAAGCAUAUUUUUGACUUGAUGCCUCAGGGGUUAUUAGAGGUCUUAAUGUGAUUAACAUACCGCUUCAGUCAUGUAUUAGCACGUAUCCUUGUGGAGCUUAGAGCUUAUCACUGCUUUCUCUACCUUACAUUGUCAUAGAUGUAGCUAAGAUAUUUUUAAGUGUAAGGAUUGUGUUAUGCUAAGGGAAAAUCUAGUAUUUUACCACUUCACAAUUUUCAAGAUCAGUAGUUUAACUUGCUUUGAAAAUUGAGAUGGGUGAAAAUAGUGUUCAGUGGUUGCAAUAUUUUCUGCUGUGUGAUGCCAAUUUUAAGGAAUACUGUUCAUGAAUAAAUAAAAUCAAAUGGUGGCUUUGGA